AUGCUGCAACAUAUUCCGGCGAGAACGGUGAAAAUACUCGUUAUUGCCUUACUAAUUAGCACCUUGCUUGUUAUUAUUCAACAAACUGGACAAGCCGAUCGAAUCUUGCACAGUACAAUAGGUACUUCCAGCUCAGGUAGCUCAGAAAAACAGAAGCCCAAGCCGCACUACAAACCAAAAGAAGUCGCUGUACCGCCUCCGAUUCGAGAUCCCUUUCCCUUACUUGCCAAUACUCAGCAACCUCUACCACCCAUACCACAGUACAACGUCCCGAGAAAGGAUCUAUACAAAGAAUAUGGCUUGGGAAUUGCGCCGCCGCUGCUCAUAGGAUUCACCCGCUCCUGGCCGAUGCUAUUGCAGACUGUGGUCUCAUACAUAACAGCGGGAUGGCCGGCCGAGCAAAUCUACGUCGUCGAGAACACUGGUGUACAUCGCGCGAAUAAGCACGACCAAUUGACAUUGCAACACCCUCGAUAUCUCAAUCACACGAGUCUCCAGCGGCUCGGUGUAAACAUCAUACAGACUCCUGUAUUGCUCACCUUUGCUCAACUGCAAAACUUUUACCUAUCCAUUUCGCAGGACAUGGACUGGCCGUAUUACUUUUGGUCGCACAUGGACGUCUUGGCAUUAUCGCAUGAAAACGGAUUCGAAAACCUCACGGUGCGAGCUGGUGAAGAAGGAUACAAGACUGUUUACGCCUUGUGCCUUGAAGCGCUCCGAGAAACGCUCGACAAUGACCAUCGAUGGGGAGCUCGACUAUUCGCCUAUGAUCACCUGACGCUACAGAACCCGAAAGCUUUGGAAGAUGUGGGCGGUUGGGACACUUUGAUACCCUUUUACAUGACCGACUGCGACAUGUACAGCCGGUUCGCCAUGAGGAAUUGGACACAGGAGGACCGCAACGCGGGCGUCAUUACUGAUACAGCAUCACAUCUCCACGAUCUCGUUGCACUCUACCAUGACCCUAGCGUAGUUCCGGCGAUGGAGGAUCCCAACCCCAUGGUGGAAGUGGCGGAACCAAGACAGACGAAACGCGACCAGCUCUCGUCGUCAUCGGCAUCCCUCAGCCUGGAUGAAAAUAUCGAGUACUGGAAAGCCCUCCUCCAGACCAGCGACCACAUGUUCCACCACAAACACGGUGGACGCGGCCGCAACACGUGGCAGGACGGGCAGCGUGGAGGCUAUGGAGAGCCUUACUAUUACGACGCGGCUGGAUUCACAGAGGCGCUCGAAGUACUCACGGAAGCGGGCAAGGAAGUAUACAGGCGGAAAUGGGGACACCAAAACUGUGACUUGAUAGGUGGAGGUGGCUUACGGUUUGAGGACCAGUGGCUUGUCGAGAAGGAUUACUAG